AUGUCACAUUUAAAUUUAAAAUCUGAUCAAACUAUACUUACUUCUUCGGAUAUAAUUUUGGAUCAAGAUAAUCAAGAUGAAAUGGAUUUACUGCUUGACUUUGAUAUACUACACAAAAUGGAAAUUGAUGAUAUUGAAAAACUUAAAAAUUAUUUUAUAGAAAGGAAUAAAAUUAAACAAAGCGAUUGUGUAAAUGCAGACAAAUUUGAUCAUUGUUUAACUUUAAAUAAAAUAGAAUUUAUCGACAUUAUGGAAAAAAUAUGUCAAAAUCCAAUGAUAUCAUUGGCAGCAUCUAAAUUAUUUGAUAAACUAACUGUAAAUGGCGAAAAUUUUAUAAGAUGGGAUAACGUUUUAGAUGUUUUCAUAAAAAAAAUAGAAGAAAAUGUUGAAAGAAAAAAUGAAAAUUGGGAACCAAUUAAUUCUGAUGUAGAAAUACAUGAUAUUCCACAUUGUAAGAGAGAAUUCAUUGUUAAAAUUGUUUCACUUCAAACCAAAGCAACAUUUUGUUAUGCAAUUAUUUCUAAAUUUGGAAAAGUUGGAGUUUACGAUGGAAAAUUUAAUUUAUUAGAUUCAUACGUAAUAAAUUUCAAACCUGAUACGAUCACACCUCAACCUUACUCAAGAGGAAAUGAAAAUCCUUCGAACAGAUCAGGUACAACAUGGAUAACCGAUGCCGUUUUUGUACCUGAUACAUAUUCAAUUUUUUUUUCUGCAUCAGAUAGAAGCCUUCAUUUAUACGAUGGUACAGGUUUAAUACACGUACCUUUAUCACUUAUUAUCGGUUUGAAUAACAUUCCCUUAUGUCUCGAUUACGCUACGAGUAAUGAUUUUAAUAAACCAAGUUUUUUAUUCAUCGGUGAUGAUCAAGGUGACGUAACAAUAAUUGAAUUUCAUCAACCUAAAAAAAGUCUUUUUAAAAAAAAAGAUCCUGGAAAAUUGGAUAAAUUUCUUUGGACGGAAUUGAAAGAACAACCCGAAUACGUUUCGUUUAGAAUCCAGAAAAACGUACAUAACGAAAUGAUUAAUCAAAUAUCUUACAUCCCGGAAAAUAAAACAAUACUAACAUGUAGUAGCGAUACAAUAAAUACAAUGAUAUUACGUCACACAGAAAAAAGAAGACAUCCUUAUGUAUUUAGCGUACAAAGGGGAAUAUCAUGUUUUCAUUUUGACAAAUCCCUUCAUAUCAUCGUGACGGGAAGUAAUGAUGGAUUGGUAAGAGUUUGGAAUGAAGUUGUUACGAAGCAACCGAUAAUUUCACUUUAUGGACACAAAUCAAAAAUAAUCGACGUGAAAAUUUUAAAACAUUUAUCAGCAAUAAUAAGUUUGUCGGAAAAGGGAAUAGUUAAAAUUUGGAAUUUGAAUGAUUAUUAUUGUCAAAUGAGUUUACAAUUAAAAUUUUCGACCUUUAAGCCUGAUACGAAUAAAUUAGAAUUUGGCACUCGAUCAAUAUAUCCAGGUCCAACAACCCUAAAUAUUUUUGAAGAUUUAAUUUCGCACGAUUCCAGAAGUGACACAUCGAAAAUUGAUUCGGUAACCGAGGAUAUUGAAACGUGGUUAUCGUCAAGAAAUUUCGAAUCAAAAGACGAAGAAUGGAAUAGAAAUAGUAUCGUCAUAAGUUGUUGUAACAUGAUCGCUUUGCUUCAAUUAAAUCCAUUUAAAAUCACAUCGUCCGAAUAUAACGUUCCGCCAUUACUUAAAAAAUACAAAGUUUUGCCUCCACCAUCGAGAGAACUUUACGCUUCCAUACCGUCUCCGUGGAAAGUAGCAGAUUCAUUUACAAAAACUCCUCCAGAAAGUGAAGACGAGAUUACUAAUAAAUCAUCGAGCUCUUCGUCAACGUUAAAUAUGGCGAAUUCGAAAGCGAUUAAAAAAAUUCAAAGUUUAACCAUCGAUCCGAUAAACGCACCCGUUAAUAAUAUGAAUAUAAAAAAGACAAAACUUCAAAUGAAACAGGAUAAAAUGAAAAUGCUCGUGGAAAAUUGUGCUCCUCAUUUAGCUCUCGAUCUUUACGAUUUGGCUCCGAUUAAAUUUUCCAGACCUUUACCCGUAACGAGAAAAAUGAUGGAAAAGGGAAUUGACGGAUCGGAUCUCGAACUUGUAAUUAAAAGUAAAUUACAAAAAGAUUCAACCAUUUUGACCGGAGAAACAUUUUCUGAAGUUUUAAGUCCUCGUUCGUCGAAAAGUAGCAAAGUAACGACGGGAUUGAAAAAAAGUUCGACGAUUCCUACAAAAGGACGACAAACUCCAGAAUGGUUUACGAGAAAAAUUAAAACUUUCGACCGGGAUUCCCCUGAAAACAGUGAUGAAAAUAUUUUUUAA